GUAACUAUUACGUGCCAAGAGUAACGGCAUAUUAUAACCAUUAUUACUCAGUAGAGGAAGAGUCCGAAUAUCAUACAGCUGAAGAUUACGGACACAGCAUACCAUCACCAGUAAACCCAGAGACAAGUGACCCAUUUCCAACUGACAACUCCUCCAAUCUUCAAUAAGAUUGAAAAGAGCAGGGGUGUUCUUAACCCUACUCCAUACACUCUGAUGAUGUGAGCCAAGUUUUGAAGAGGACUUUCUGGCCACUUUAAUGUCCAAAGGAAGACCAUAAUACUUAAGACCAGAGGGAUAAUGCAAAACAUUAUAUUAAACGCACGAUCGGUUAGAGACCAGAUAACCGCCGUCAUUAGAGCAACGAUCCAUCAAGCACAGUAAAAUACCUCUAAGAUUCAUCUGAAUUCUGCUUCUUCCAGAAAUGCUUGUACUCGUGCCCAAAGGAAAUAGAUAGCUCUGACUAUGAACAACAGUAAAGGUGGGAAUAAAGUAUACUCCACUUGAUCCUUCUUGUAGAACCUGACUCUGAGAGUGAUGAUCCCAGCUUGGAUACAAUAUACUAGUAAUAUUUGAUUGAUUUUAUCCGAAACCUUCUUAUGAAAAUAUCGUCAACCUCAAAGGCCGGAUCAUCCACCGCUACUUCAGACGCAUCCAGGUUUUCAAGGUUGCUUCUUGCUUCAUUUUGAGAUACAGCAGAUUGAGAAAUAUCAGAAGCACUUCGAGAUUGAAUCUGAUUCUGGACUUUAGACUCCUCAUCAGAUUCAUCAGGAUCUUCUAUUUGUGGUUGAGGUAUGUCACCAUGUCUCUUCCGGUUCCCUCUUGAUCUUUGACUGCUUCUUUGUGAGAUACCAAUCUUUUUACUUGCCUGGCUGCUAAUAUAAGACUUCUUUUCCUCAAUCCUAAAGCUGGGAUAGUUUAACUCAGGAUUACAAUUGAGGCUUCCUUUUGCAUUAACAUUAGCAUCACAAUCAGAGUUAUUUUUAUCAGUGCUAUUUACUAAAUCCAGCUUUAACAGCAACUUUUUGUAAGAUUUCAGCAUUAUCUUGCCUCUUCUGCUCCUCUACCAUAUCUGCUAUCUUGAAUUGAACACUAGAGAUGUCCUUUUGCAUUGGCUGGGAGUCUAUCUGGAUGUUCUUGUAAGGUGUGCCCUC